AUGCGUAACAGACUUUUGAAGGUCCGGCCGCAUUCCGAUAAAAAGCCGGCCUUCUCAAUCCACCGAGACGACCAACACACCAAAGAUAUCUCCCCCGCGACCGUUUCUCCACCUACGGCAACACCGGCGACAACCCCAACCAAGUCAACGCCGAGCAAGGCGUCGUCCAAGUCCUUGCAUGAGCGCCCUUCGCCCCGGUCCACCCUCACACCUGCGUCCGAAGGCACAAUAAACUCCGCUAUGUCCCGGACAGCAACAAGCGGAACCAACGGAAAAGCGGUCCCUCCCGUAACCGCCUCAUCUUUGUCCCCCCGCACCCCAAAUCGCAUGAACUCGACCAUUCGAACAGUACCCAGUUUCGACGACAGGCAGAUAUACGCGGAUGAAGAUUCCGGCACAGACGGAACGCCAUCACACUCAACAUCGCGGGAUUCGGGCUUCUCGAGCUCGCUCAAUAGCACUGCCAGCAUGGCAUCGUCAAACUCGCCCCGGCGGAUACAAGCGGCAACAUCAACCGGGAUACCCAGGAAGCCGUCAUACAACAAAUUAAAACUCAGCGCCUCAGAGACGGCGUACGAUAGCGGCGAUAACCAUCUCGACAGCCUCCCCACCCGCGAGAACAGCCUCAACAUGUCCAGCACAAACUCCUCGCUCCAACCACCCAACACCUCCGCCGACCCCGGCGGUGGCGGCGGCGGCGGCAGUUCCAGCUCCACCAACGACCCCUCUCUCACAGCGACCGAAGCCAACCUCUCCAACGGCUGGGACAACUCAGUAGGCAAGGCUGGGCUAGGCAAGACAGGGCGCGUAAUCAACCGACUCGUCUCGGACAACGAGGCGCUCAAGCGCGACAUCCAGAUCGAGCGGCUGCGGGCCGAAGAAUCACGACAAACCGCACGACUGCUCGAAGACAAGCUGGAGCGGGUGAUCUCGGACUACGAGUCGCGGCUGCUGGAGGCCAACGUGACCAAGACGCUGCUGGCGCGCAAAGAGCGGCAGGUGGAGACGCUGCAGGACGCGGUGGAGCUAGAGCGGCAGCGGGCGGUGGACGCGGCGGCGCGCGAGCGCGUCUGGAAGGACGAGAUGGACGCCGCCCGCGCCGACGCCAAGCGCCAGGUCGAGGACGCCACCAACUACGCCGCCCUGUGCGAGGGCCGCUACAACGCCAUCAGCAGCCACUGGAAGGACCAGGGCGAGGAGGUGAAGCGGUCGGUGGCCAAGGUGAAGAGGGAGGUGGAUGGCCUGGUGGUGGAGAGGAAGAAGGAUGAUGGGAAGAUCGAGACGCUGCGGGAGCUGUGCGAUCAGCAGGACGGGAAUAUUCGCGAGUUGAGGAGGCAGAAGGAGGAAAUCGAGGCCCAGUUUGAGAGGUAUAAGCGGGAGCAGGAGGAAGGGCUCAAGGAUAUCAAGCGCAAGGCUGAUGGGAGGGAAAGGGAGCAGGAGCGCACGCUGCAGGAGGCCCGGGAGGUGCUGGAUAAGCUGAGGUGGGCGCUGAGCGUGAAGGAGAAGAUCGAGUGGGCUCAAUAA